GACUCCUUGCACCAGGUGUGCAUAAUCCGUGACUCAGAUCCACGUUUCGUUCAUUUAAUACAACUCACUCCCCACCUCUUCCCUUUCCUCUCUGCCGUCCUCCUCCUCCUCCCAAUCACCACAUCAGCAGGUGCCAUGUUACUUUGUGUAUCUCGACUUUGCUCACACCUUUGCCUAGGUUGUGCUUGCCCCAUGGCCAACUUCCAUGUCUUCUUCAGCCUAUGUGUUGAUCCCAACCCAAGCUCACCUUCCGUCCUCCCUUCACCCAUUCAACCAUCAGGAAGUGCCAUUUGAUCCGGUGUCUCUUGCCUGCGCUCACAUCUUCUGCCUCGGUUGUGCUUGCUCUGUGGCCCACAUCCCAGUCUUCUUCGGCCUUGACACCGCUUCGCCCCACAUCACAUGCCCUUUGUGCCGCCAGCAGGGCGUGUUUGGGCAGCCCAGAUCACUCAAAGAGCUGCAGAGAUUGAUUAUGGCACGACAACCUGAACAGUGGAGGGCGAAGCGUGACGAGGAACAGAAGAGGAGGCUUGAGCAGGAGAGGCGGUAUUGGGAUGGCCAGAUGCGAAUAGCUAUGCAUAUUAGGUAACACACAUUGCUGUACAUUUUGCUGUACGUUCAUGUAUAUACUAUAUACUCCUGUACAUAUCGUUCCUUUUGGCGUCUGAACUUCGUCUGUGGAAUCCUUCAGGAGCUGGCUGGGAAUUCUCGGCUCCACACCAUUGUAGUCGGUUCUCUUUCCAUAAGUCAGCAGCACACUGCCAUUCCAUUUUACCAACACCGAUUGUCUGAGAACUUCAGCCGUCCCUCGGGCUUCUGGGGUGACCUUCUCCUCAGUCGCUGACUCCUGUGAGAUUCUUCGCCAGCAAUCCAGCUUUACUUUCGGCUUCGAGAAGUCAAGAGUAUUCAGUAUGGCAGGACUUUUGGCUAGCCGUAUCGCUCUUUGCCCGUCGAGCACUCUGAGUUUCACCUCUCUGCAAACGAGGCGAACUCCUGCGAGAGCAGCUUACGCAAAUCCUCCUGUUGGACGGACACCUGGAGCACCACCCACGCUCACUCAGUACACUGCAAGGAUUGAGCAAUUGCAUUCGAUGGCAACGAAAGCAGUUGAAAGCGCGGCCUCCGGCGCUUUCAAUGCUGGCCCCACGUCUUCUAUUGCCUCCUCCCCCUCGUUGAGUCCCUUCCGGGAAAGAAUAAACGACUGGUGGGCUGAUCAUCUUGCUAGCAAGGCGGAUUUCGUGGAGGCUGCAGCUCCGUGCCUCCCUUCGGAUGACGAGGAGGAGUUUCUCAUUCUGAAGCCGCCUGUUGAGGUGGAUUCCAAGUUCCAGCUCCCCCAAAAGGGACCUGAGGUCAAUUAUUGACGGCAUGAUAAAGUGGUUCUGACAACAGAUUCUAUCUAUUGACAUCGGCUGUCGGGAGAUGGCUUCGUUUGUAAAUAGACGCGUAUGGUGGCUCGAGUUGAACCACCUUGCUUGCUGCAAGGCGUACUUAGCAUGUGAAAUGCUGUUUUUGACUACACAAUCAUUAUCCAUGCUCUGGAGACUACUGCACUGCCCAGAAUUUCUACUGACGACGAAGGACGUGACCUAAGCAGCUGUUGGAGUUCUAGCAUUACGCAUAAUCACCUUUGAGAGAAGGGUGAAGCACAGUAUUCUAGUUCCCUGCAGCUGCAACCAUGAAAAGUUGCUACGACACAUUUUCGUCUAAACUGUGACCCACUUGUUCAUCCGCCGUGUAAAUGCAACAGCAGUUUGAACUGGAAGGU